CGCUCGAGCUGCGGCGGCAGCACGCGGCCAUGGCGUGGAAGGAGGAGGACGAACGCAUCCUCUUCGGCAGCAAGACCAGGUACUCCGUCAUCGUGGUCGAGGUGGAGCAUCACACGUCGAACCUGGCUCGAGAGAAGGAGAGAGUGAGAGCCUUCGAGGACAGCACCAACACCGCGGUGGUGUCGGUGCAGUUUGCAAAUCCCUGCCCGCACGCACCGAUAACGGAGGGCUCGGCCGCUCCUUUCUUCGUGAGUCACCCGGAGGGAGACGAAGAAGCGGCAGUGGACAAGAAAGUGCGGGUAGUGCAUCUGAAGGACAUCGGGACGCACGUCAAACCCUAUCAGGCGUCUCACCUGCAGGCCUCCUGCGAGGACCCGACGGAGACGACAGUGCUCAUCAUCUCCGACGAGACUUGCAGGACGUCCGGCCUCCCCGUGGGGAUACCGCCCUCGUGCCGGUCCAACGUCGUUCGGGCGUUUCCCUUCAACCAGGACAGAGCGAACGAAGAGCCGAGGAGGCCGUACUUGCCGCUGGGGCCGCGGGACACUUUCCCCUUCGUGAGCGAUGACCGUCGACCUUUGGCUUCAAGCAGAUCGUUGUUUUUCAACUUACAGGUCAGGCCUGAAACGCAGGGCAGGAGGGGGGAGCUCAUAGAGACCGCCAGCAUCUACCAGUUGAGCAACCCAGGCCUCGAGUGCGCCACCAACAGGCCGAGCAUCAGCAAGACAGCGUGGCAGGAGCUGGUUCUCGACUCGAAGUUCACCCUUUGUCCCGCGGGGCGCAACCCCGAGACGUUUCGCCUGUGGGAGGCCCUGGAGGCCGGGUCGAUACCCAUCGUUUCGAAGCUUGACUUCACGCAUCCGGUGGUGGGCACCAAGUCCAACACCACCUGCGGGGACGGGGACAUCGCCUGGAACACGGUGGCCGCUUCUCCCUUCGCGAAGCAGGUCUCGGUGAACAACUGGCUCGAGCUGCCCGACCUUCUAGACCGACUGCAGCGGGAGCCCGACGAGUACAUCAACAAGCUCCAGGAGGAGUGUGUGGCGUGGUACUCUAUGGCGAUGACCCAGACGUACACAAGCCUGCUCAACUUCGGGGAAGGGCACGACCUGUUCCCCCAGGAAGGACCAAUCUUCGACAGCCUUUAAAAGCGGGCUAACUCGUCAUGGUAGAACAGACACUGGGCGCGCGUUCGUUCGUAGUUUGCGGUUCCGGUUUGUUGAAGAAGAUGUGUUAGCACGGAAUGUUUACUGCCAGAUGCUGAGCAAGAGGUGUUGAUACUGAAAGUUUAGUGCCAGGUGUUGAAGAAGAGGUGGUAUAAAAUACAAGAUGCUGAACGAGAGGUGUUGAUGCUGAAAGUUUGAUGCCAAAGGCAGCGUUGAAGAAGAGGUGUUGAUACUGUAUGUUUAAAUCCGGACAUUGAAAAAGAGUGGAGUGUUUAAUGUAAGACAAUGAACAAGAGGUGGUGAUACUCUGUGCUUCACGCAAGAUAUCGAACAAGAGGUGCUGAAGAGGUGCUGAACGUCCAAAGGCGGUGAUCCGUCCCGCAUCUUUGCAAUGUAUGGUCGAAAACCAGUUUCGUUUGAUUUGCUGAAUUAUUUUUAAUGCUUGACGUGCUUCAGGCGCAUAAAGAAUAUAGUAGUAGUUCUCAUGACGUUGUGCCGUGAGGUGUGCGCAUGCAUGUUUCCUUGGUGCCACAGCCGUCGACGUGGCGUUUGUGUGUUUGCUAAGCCAUGGGGUUGUACAAAAACGGCACAUGAACAAAACUAGUGUGUCUAGAUAGACUGAUCUGUACGAGUUUUCGGGAAUUGCGACAGAUUGUCCGCGUUUUCCUGACUCAAUAUCUAGCUUGUAUGUCGUCCGUUUUGUUGGUUCGACCUUGUACUUUUAGGUGUGGCAUAGUGGUGGCAAAGUAAGAUGCCGCCUUGGUAGAAUGCCUUCUCCAAAACUUAAGACCGGUCGGUACUGGCUGCACCGACUAGUUGGGUAUUCCUUCUACGGAUACGGCCAAAACUACAGCCGAUUCCGUACGAAGCACCAGCUGGGACGUGAAAAUACCUUGAUGUACCGCUUGAGAUGUCGUGGUCUUUCUCUGCACCGCCUUUGUGGGGGGUGUCUUUUUUUUUUUUGCGGAGGCACGAAGGCACUCACAGGUGUUUGUUUUUCGCCGCCUCCGAACUUGGGCAAAGGGCUGCACUCGUGUUGAUGUCUCGCUGGCUGUCCCUACUUCAACAUCUGUUCGUUUUUUCGAAUUGUUUUUCGCGUGAAGUGGGUCUCUCUUUGAUCAUCUUUACUAUUAGUUACUCCAUUGGGUAUCGUGCACUCCGUUGAGUUUUUUUUUUGCGAUUCGUUCUGGACGAGACGUUUUCUUUCUGCUGUGACAACGGGUGACUAGGACCCUCAGCCACCCCCCACGUCGUCCAUAACGCGUCAGAACGCGCGGCGAACCCCGCUUGGGUAUGCGGGUUGGGUUUAUGGUAGGAUCGACGCAUGCUUUGCCGAUUUCCCCCCCGAAAUUGCACAUGCAAAAUGGUACCUUGAAAAUACAUGGAAAUCCUACUUCGAAGUGAAGCAACCCAGCAACACUUUCAUACCUCCACUGCGGAAUGUUUGUGGUGCGAACGUCGUUAAUGUCCUCGUGAGGGGGGGAGCUAGAGGCGGACGAUGUUCGCUCACCUGUGGGUAUCUCGUUGCUUGUGAAAAAAACGCCGCCACGCGGCUAAGUACGACCAUCUU